AUGGGGAAUGAAAGCGGUGAGCAAUCAAUCGCCUGCGAAAGGGACCUAGUCCUCACCGACUUCCACCCACUGCGAAUUGCUUCACGAUCUCAAGAAACAGACUCUAAAGCUUGCACCCAUACGGAAAACGCAUGCAAGCUCUGUGCAGAGGAAUUCGCUCUUACUUUGCUCACCCCGCUGCUGGCGAGUAUACUAGUAACAAUUGUGACUACCGUCCUUCUUGGACUCUUGCUGACUCCAGCCCUUGCUACUUACUUCCAGAAUACGGACACAAACAGGCAAAUCACUGUUGCUGGAGGCUACCAAAUUCUGACCAUCAACAGGGAACUGGACGUGGCAAUUAUCGAGGAGAAGGGGGAGUCAUGGACAACCAUUUGGAACUACAAUAGCGGCUUUAUUGGAACCAAAGUGGUGCGAGAACACGUUUGCUACAUUUCCAGAAUGAACAGAAAUGAGUUGCCUAGCUUUAAUGCACUUCCCAGACUGGCUGAAGAGAACACGAGCCUGAAAGGUCAAGGACAACCUACAAAGGAGAUCACAUUCGUCAUCAAGAGACCUAUCCGCGACCUCAAGUCUUACGGACCCGACAUCUAUGCUAUGUGCAAAGGACUCAGAACCUACGUAGCUUAUGAAGUUGACCGUUCCGAAUAUGUAUACGUUCAAGAGCCAUGCUUUAAAUUUGAUGUUCUGGACAUUCUGGGCUUCAAGUACUGUCGCAGCAAUACCAAGGCCUGA